ACCGAGCGUGACGGACGUGUGCUUCAUGGGCUCUCAAGGAGCGGCUUUAGCGACCCAGCCGGGUCGCGGUAUCAGGAGCACUGAAAUGCUUGCCCAGGAUUAUGAAAUGGUUGUCCCGCAUCUGCCAUCAGGUUCGAGUGUUUUGAACACAGUAUUUUUGCAUGGUGAUGUCACCGCCAGGCCAUAUCGCGUCGAGCAUUUUCGCGACGCUUUAGCGCGUCUGUCAUUGCUGCCGGAUGUGGUUGCCCUUGGGGCAUAUCAGAUGAACCACCUGUGGGCCGUUACUUUCAACAGCGAAGGAGCGAAGGCAAAGAUUCUGCAGGCCGAAGCUUUCAAUGUGAAAGACCACCGCUGCGUGGUUAUUGACCCGACCAACCGAGGCGUCAGGCUGAAGCUGUUUUGGCUGCUCCACGGUGUGCAAGACGACGACGUGCGCGUGGCAUUAGCAGCGUUCGGAAAAGUGACCGAAAUAACCCGCGAUAAAUGGAAGGUUAAAGGCUGUGUCGACAAGGCUUCAACAACACGGUCGGUUACACUGAAACUGAAGGUGGGUGUUACCAUCGAGGACUUGCCCCAUCAGUUGCGCGUUGGUGAGGACGUUGCUCUCGUCCAUGUUCCUGGUAGGGCUCCGCUCUGCCUUCGGUGCCGUGGAAAAGGACAUAUACGCCGUGAGUGUCGGGUGCCACGCUGCGGGCUUUGCCGGCGUUUCGGCCACGAUGAGAGCCAGUGCGUGCGCAGCUACGCUAAUGUUGCGGGCCAGACACGAAGUGUUGAAGCGGCCGAACACAUCAUGGAUGAAGCAGACGCGGUCGAAGCAACCCGCGGAAGUGGGGGAGAUGAUGCUAUCAAGGAGUCAACAUCCAAGGAAACCGCACCCGCACCCCUUGCCAGCCAAGCCGGUAAGGACCAAACCCAGCCGGCCGUCGCAUCAAAGCCAGCGUUCCUUCCGGAAAAAGCGGAUAGCGUGACUGCUGUAAGCCUGGUUACGACUGGGCAGCAGGGCGACAAACAGGAAGACGCCGAUACCGAGAUGCCCGCAGCGUCAAGUGUACCAGUCAAGCGGGCUCACGAGGAUUCGGAUAAUCAGGAACCGAGAUUGGUCGGUGAACGCGGCGAGGAGCCUCCGCCGAAGGCACCUUCAACGCGCCGUGGACCUUUCAAGCCCAUACCGAAAUCGCCACCGGAACGCAGUACUGCGUCUGCUCUCCCUCCGCCUUAG